CAACAAACAUACUUGGAUGCCAAAAAAUACGUUGAGUUUAUCGUAGUUGUGGACCAUGGAAUGGUCACAAAAUACAAAGGCGAUUUAAAAAAGAUAAAAACAAGAAUGUAUGAACUUGUCAACAUUAUGAAUGAGAUUUGCAUCCCUUUGAAUAUUCGUGUAGCAUUGACUGGCCUAGUAAUUUGGUUGGACAGAGAUAAGAUUAACGUGCAGUCAGCAGCAAAUGUUACUUUGGCCUUAUUUGGAGUCUGGAGAGCGACAGUCUUGCUGCAGCAGAGAAGUCAUGAUUGCGCUCAGUUAUUCACGUACGUCUCACUGUGGGGAAAGGGAAUGGGGGUGGCUGGGAGUGGAGGAUAAUGGGAAGGUUAGUGCUUGCACAGAGCUUUUGCUCUAUGCUGUUUGCUUUAAACCAUGUGUGAACUAUGUUUCUGGGUCAAAGUCAACCACUUAUUUUGUAAAUAAGAGCUUUUUUGA